GCAGUCGAGGUUGCAGAGUUGCCUCAGACACAAGAAGCCUCUUGUCCUAAGCAGGAAGGUGUCACUGGUGCAGGGAAUGAAGAUGUGGAUGAAGGGUUCUGCACCAGAAAUGGGAGUGUGAAGGGGCCUCUGGGACCCCUGGACAGAUCAGCUACCAGGAAUAAACACAAAAGUACCCUCAGAAGAUUUCUAGCAUUUCCAGCUUUAGUUGAGGGGAUCAGAUCCCAUCCCGUGCUCACUCUGAUGCUGGCUCUGCUCCUGCUCCUGGCUUUGGUGGUGUCCUUGGCUGUUGUGUCAGUGAGAACCCCAUCAGAAAUCCCAGUGGUGCCUGAGACUCCAUUGCUGCUGGCCUGUCCCCAUGGCUGGGUCAGGCACCGCGGGAUCUGCUACUUCCUCUCGAGGGAUCAGCUCAGCUGGGAUCAGGCUCAGGCUCGGUGCUCUGAGCUCGGGGCCUCCCUGGCCGUGCUCAAGGACUGGGAAAUGGAGUUCCUCUUCCCUCACAGCGUCAAGGUCGAUUACUGGGUCGGGCUGCACAGACGGGGCCGGGAGCUGCAGUGGGUGGACGGCAGCAGCUUCAACUCCUCGGUCGAGGUCCGGGGCAAUGCAGGCUGUGUGUACCUGGCUGAGAAUUACCUCGGGUGUGGGAUCUGCUCAAAUCCAAUACCCUAUAUCUGCAGCAGACCCCAAACUCACCUGUAGCAGGGUGUGUUGGUUUUGCUUGGCCCAGUUUUUGGAAGUGGGGGGGGAGAAAAAAGAUGGCUCCUGUCAGAAGCUUCUGGAGGCUUCCACCAUGUCCAGCAGAGCCAAUUGCUGUUGGCUCUGAGGAUGAWGGACAUGCCACUGACCAAACCUGGGCCAAUUGAAGAUGGUGGUUACGCCUCUGUGAAAACAUAUUUAAGAAGAAAUCAGAACAAAGGAAGCACACAGUAGUUUUGCCAGUGGAGGAGGCUGAGAAAUAUGUG